AUGCUAUUGAGACGAUCAAAAAGUCUUAAUAACGAAGAAAUACUUGAGCUGAACCCAGAGAUUGAACGAACGUGCCGUGCAAAUAGAGCAAGAAGAAGACAAAACACAGCUGAAAACAUGAACGGAUUAGUUAAUCCCAAUCAAGAGCAAAGGCUACGUGAUAUUCAAAGGCCAACGGUUACUGCAAACCCGUCAUGUAUCCGUUUGAGUGAAGCAGCAAGGAACUAUGAGCUCAAAACUUUCCAUCUCAAUAUGCUGCCUCAGUUUAAUGGAACAGCUACUGAAGACUCACUAGCCUUUAUCAGAGAUUUCUAUGGUAUUGUGCAGACUUUACCGCUGAACAAUCUCAAUGAGGAUGAGCUAAGGACGAGGUGUUAUCCUCAUUGUCUGAAAGGAGACGCGAGACAGUGGCUACUGAACCAGCCAGAAGGUGCUUUUCUCACAUGGGAGGAUGUCUACAAUGAAUUCAUGCUGAGGUUCUACUCACCACAAAAGACCAUGGAUCUCAGGGCAAAAAUUUGCAACUUUGUGCAACGAGAUCCAGAAUCUUUUCAUGAAGCAUGGGAAAGGUUUAAGCUGCUCUUGACUCAAUGCCCUCAUCACCAAGUGCCAGAAAAUUUACUGACUCAGUUUUUCUAUGAUGGCCUGAAUGUUAAUUGUCAAACACUGGUUGACACAGCUUCUGGAGGUUAUUAUGGAGAUACAACAGCUGCAGAACUCAUGAAAACUUAUGAAAAGUUAGCGAUGAAUUCGAGACAGAAGGCAAUCAAAGGGAAAAGAGCAGGAGUAUAUGAAUUCAAUUCUCAUUCUGAUCUCUCAGCACAAAUGGCUGAUUUAACCAAGCAAGUCAAGAUGCUUGUAGACAGAGAUACUUCCAAUCAAGAGUCGUGUGCCUUUUGUGGGAUGUUUGGACACAAUGCAAAUGUGUGCGCAAACGUUGAAUCGGCACCACCAAACUGUGAGGAAGCCAAUUUCAUGGGAGCCUUCCAGGGUAGACAAGUCAAGGAUGACCCUUUCUCAAACACUUAUAACCCUGGAUGGCGCAAUCACCCAAAUUUCUCUUGGCGGGAUCAAGGAGCGAAUAGGCAAGCACCACCUCCGGGAUUUCAGCAACAAAGACAAGUUCCUCCGCCUCAACAACAGAAUAAUCCGGACAGGAAGCCUUCUGUGGAAGAGAUGAUAUCUCAGUUUUUAGCAACUCAAGAUACCACUGUUAAGAAGAUGGAUGCAAAAAUUGACCAGUUGGCACAGUCAAGUCAAGCAUCAAUUCACAAAUUAGAGUUGCAGCUGGGUCAGUUGGCAAGAACUGUUGCUGAACGUGAACAAGGCAAACUCCCUAGUAAUACUGAAAAUAAUCCGAAGGAGGGAGUUAUGGCCAUCAGUCUCAGGAGCGGGACUCGGGUGGAGACUGGAAGCAAGGGCAAGAAAGUAAUUGAGAUUGUCGACGAUGGAGACGACAAGGAAGAGAGUGAACACGAUGUAAAGCAAGGGAAUAAUCUUGAUAAGGAAGUGGUGGCUGAUCCUUCAGUCAAACCUUAUGUUCCACCUAUUCCAUAUCCACAAAGGCUGAAGAAGAAAACUACUGACAACAAUUUUCAGCACUUUCUUAAUGCCUUUAAAAAGAUUGAGCUUAAUAUUCCUAUUUUGCAGGCCCUUGCUAAGACGCCUUCCUAUGCCAAGUUCUUAAAAGAACUAGUUUCCAACAAGAGCAAGCUAGAGGAGUACGCCACCGUAGCUUUAACUGAAGAAUGUAGUGCCAUACUUCAAAAGAAGCUACCACCUAAGCUUAAGGACCCAGGAAGUUUUUCGAUUCCUUGUGUUAUUGGUGAUACUACUAUCUCUAAAUGUUUGUGUGAUCUUGGUGCUAGUGUGAAUAUUAUGCCUGCAUCCCUGUAUCAGAGGCUUGGUAUGAAAGAGAUGAAGCCCACAACUGUGUCUCUACAAUUGGCUGAUCGAUCGAUCAAAUAUCCUUUGGGCAUUGUAGAAGACUUAUUUGUGCGAGUGGGCAAGUUUUAUUUUCCUGCAGAUUUUCUUAUUCUAGAAACAGAAGAUGAAAAUGAUUUAUCUAUGAUUUUAGGUAGACCGUUUUUAGCUACAGGAGGUGUGUUGAUUGAUGUUGUUCAAGGUAAACUUACCUUUAGGAUGGGGAGUGAGAAAGAAGAAUUUAAUAUUCUUAAGGCGGUGAAACACCCAUCACGUGAUGAUUCUUGUUUUAGUGUUGAUGUUAUUGACCAUGCUAUUUCCCAUGUUGCUGAACAUGAAUCAUUCAAGGAACCAUUAGAAGCAUGUUUAAUUUUGAGUUCGCAUGAGAAGGAUGAAAAUCCUGAAAUAGCUGAGUGUGCUAUGCGAUUAGAAGGUGAAGGUUUCAGGACCUAUAGAUACAAGCCUCAAUAUGAUGAGCUUAAAUGGGAACCAAAACCAAAACCAACAGUUGUAGAACCACCAAAGCUAGAGCUAAAACAGCUACCAUCUCAUUUGAAAUAUGCUUUCAUUGGGCCUAACGACACAUAUCCUGUUAUUAUUUCUUCUGGUCUAUCUGAUGUGCAGGAAGAGAAGACAAUGCGGGUUUUGAGGAAUCGAAGCAAGCCGAUAGGAUGGUCGAUUCAUGACAUUAAAGGGAUUAAUCCAUCGAUCUGCAUGCAUAAGAUUCGAUUGGAGAAGGAACAUCGCCCUAGUGUCCAAGGACAAAGAAGACUCAACCCGAACAUGAAGGAGGUUGUGCGGGCUGAAGUGAUUAAGCUUCUUGACGCAGGAAUCAUCUACCCUAUCUCUGAUAGCGCCUGGGUGAGUCCUGUGCAAGUUGUACCAAAGAAAGGAGGCACAACCGUGGUCAAGAAUGACAACAAUGAGCUGAUUCCGACGAGGAUGGUCACCGGUAUUGAGGUCGACCAAGCGAAAGUGGAGGUAAUAGAGAAGUUGCCACCUCCAAACUCAGUGAAGGCAGUAAGGAGUUUUCUGGGUCAUGCAGGUUUUUACAGACGGUUCAUUAAAGACUUUUCAAAAAUUGCUAAACCUCUUUGUGAUUUGCUGAUCAAAGAUGUUACUUUUCACUUUAAUAAAAGUUGUCUUAUUGCUUAUAACACAUUAAAGAAAGCUCUUAUUUCUGCCCCCAUUAUUGUUUCCCCUGACUGGUCACUCCCUUUUGAACUAAUGUGUGAUGCAAGUGACUUUGCUAUUGGCGCUGUUUUAGGUCAGAGGAAGGAUAAAAAGUCACAUGUAAUAUACUAUGCGAGCAAGGUUCUCGAUAGUGCUCAGAUAAAUUAUGCCACUACUGAGAAGGAAUUUUUAGCUGUGGUUUAUGCAUUUGACAAGUUUCGUUCUUAUCUUGUAGGUUCAAAGGUGAUAGUGUACACGGAUCACUCCGCAAUUAAGUAUCUCAUUUAUAAACAAGAUGCUAAGCCACGAUUGAUUCGAUGGGUUCUUCUUUUGCAGGAAUUUAAUUUCAAAAUCCGGGAUAAGAAGGGCUCCGAGAAUGUUGUAGCUGACCAUCUCUCUAGAUUGGAAAAUGGGAAGCUUAGUAAGGAGGAAACGGUUAAUGAUGACUUUCCGGAUGAACAGUUAUGGGCAGCCCAGGAACUUGAGGUACCAUGGUUUGCUGAUAUUGUGAAUUAUUUGGUAUCUAACAUUGUUCCACAGGAGUUCUCCUACCAUCAAAAGAAACGGUUUCUAUCUGAGGUGAAAUACUACAUAUGGGAGGAACCGUUACUUUUUCGAAGAUGUGCUGACGGAAUCAUACGACGAUGUAUACCAGAGGAAGAGAUGAUCCCAAUUCUGCAGGAAUGUCAUUCUUCUCCUGAUGGCGGACAUCAUAGCGGACUUAAAACGUCGGCGAAAGUGCUACAAAGUGGAUUUUAUUGGCCAACACUCUUUAAGGAUGGAAGGAGCUUCGUAUUGGCGUGUGAUAAAUGUCAGAGGACUGGAAACAUUGGCCGGAGAAACGAGAUGCCUCAGACAGGCAUCCUUGAGGUAGAAAUUUUUGAUGUAUGGGGUAUUGAUUUUAUGGGUCCCUUCCCACCAUCUUUUGGAAAUCAAUACAUUCUCGUCGCAGUCGAUUAUGUUUCAAAAUGGGUUGUAGCUGUUGCACUAAAAGAUAAUACUGCUAGUAGUGUAGUCAAGUUCAUUAAGAAACACAUCUUUUCCAAUUAUGGGGUUCCUAGAGUCAUGAUUAGCGAUAACGGUGUCCAUUUUCAGAAUCAUCAAUUCAGAAGUCUUAUGAAUAAAUAUGGAUGCCAACACAAGACUAGUACCCCUUAUCACCCACAAACUAGUGGGCAAGUAGAAAUAUCUAAUAGGGAACUUAAGUUAAUUCUUGAGAAAACUGUUAGUGCUUCUAGGAAAGAUUGGUCUCUUAAGCUUGACGAUGCACUAUGGGCGUACCGAACAGCGUUUAAGACACCUCUAGGAAUGUCACCAUAUAGGCUACUGUUCGGUAAACCUUGUCAUCUCCCGGUAGAGUUAGAGCACCGUGCUUAUUGGGCUGUAAAAAAGCUUAUAUAUGACUUGAAAACUGCCGGAGAAAAGCGUUUGCUGCAACUUAGUGAGCUUGAUGAGAUUAGACGUGAUUCUUUUGAGAAUGCACGAAUUUAUAAAGAGCGAACUAAAGCGUGGCAUGACAAGCAUAUCAUUCGGAAAGAAUUUAAAAGCGGGCAAAAGGUUCUUUUAUUUAACUCUCGCUUUAAGUUUUUUCCAGGAAAGUUGAAAUCAAGAUGGUCCGGACCGUUCAUUGUCACUCGAGUAUUCCCUCAUGGUGCAAUCGAGAUUGAAGGUAAGGAUAACCAGCUCAUUAAGGUAAAUGGUCAACGACUUAAACCUUAUCUUGAAAGUGGGCAAAUUGAAAAAGCGUUUUCUGUGCUUUUUGAUUGUCGUAGCCGACCACAGCUCGUUUUUUUUUAUUAUUCUGAUUUUUUCCCCCCUUUGACCGGACCUGUGACCGGACCUGCCCAGCAGAUCAGGCCACAGGACCGGCUGGUUCGCAGAAGGGUCCAGGGAGAAAACCGGACCUGUGACCGGACCUGCCCAGCAGAUCCGGCCAUAGGUCCGGCCCAGCUUCUGCCUGCCCAGCAGGUCGGCCGGAUCUCCAGCCGGACCUACCCAGUAGGUCCAGCCGGUGGAGUUCUUUUUCUUUUAAGGUAUGUUGCUUUUCAUGGGUUGGUGAUUAUUGCUCUUAAUUGUGUAUAUUGCUUCUAUAACUUGGUUGUUCAUGCAAUUAAUGAAUUAUUUUGGAUGCUUAGGCUAUUUUUGAUGAUUUAUAGAUUGAAUGAUUCUAUGAGCGGUGCUAGAAGCAAGCGUAGUGCAGCGGUCUCACGCGCCGGAGCUACAAAACGCCGUGUCCGUACAGCAGCUACCGCAUCUUACGAUCAGUCAAAGUUCACUUUAGCUGACAACGCAAAGUGGUAUGAUCAGAGGAAGGAGAACAAUCUCGUGAUGGAGAAAGCCAUAUCACCGCACGUGGAUAGAUUAUUCCACAUAUCUGACGCUUUCGGAGUUCUUGGUUGGGAGAAAUUGGUUCAGUUGCAACAUCCUUGCUGCCCGGCUUUGGUUAAAGAGUUUUAUGCCAACACCACGGAUAAAGAGUCAAGUAGCAAUACUAGGAUCUUUACUGAGGUUCGCGGAGUGGAAAUCGACAUAGAAGCUGCUCACAUUUCUGAGAUUUUGGGCAUUCCUGAGCAUGGAGAGGUAUUUUCUGUUCUUCAUCACACUGUGGAAUGUGAGACAGCUUGGUCAGUUAAUGAGGCCGUGGAUCGGCUAGGUUUGCAAUGGAAAUCCGCGAGAGGGAAAUCACUACUUUAUGCUAAGUAUUUGACCAUUCGGCAGCGAUUGAUCGCCUACUUACUGAGUUUCAAUGUCAUGCCGCGAGCUGGAGGGUACAAUGAGGUUAGACACACUGAUGUCUAUUUUAUGGAUAAAAUGAUCAAUGGGUUAGGAAAUUUAUCGGGAGUUCAGCUUGGACAAUUGAUAAUUCAAGGCAUCCGUGAUGUUCUCCGCUCUGAUAAGCAAGAUAAGGCCUUUGUGUUUCCUGUUAUCAUUAGCAUGAUUAUUGCUUAUUACAUGGAAGUUUUUCCUGCGGGAGUGCAAUUCAUCGCGGUACCACAGCUAAAUUGUGAAUCCUUGUACUACAUGGGCUUUCGAAGACAUGAAGGCGUUUGGAGGAAUUUACAGCUCAACCCGCUUCCACAAGGAGCGCAGCCAGACCCCAAAAGAGUUAGUUGUUUGGAAGGCGAUGAACCGGCUGCCCCGGGAAAUCAAGAUGAAGCGGCUCACACUGUGCUUCCACCAUCUAAUAUUCCAGCGCCCGCAGCCACUUCUUCUCGUCCUAAGCGAUCCUUACUACAGAAGAUUUUGCGGAUUUGUAGGAAUGUCGAAAAGGAUGUAGCGUCCAUCAAGGAACAGCUUCAGCGGAACACUGAAACCAUCGAGAAGACCAAUUCCGAUGUUGCACUAAUUCGAGCUCGACUUGAGGCACAAGAUGCCCGCCCAACUCAGGAGCAGCCCUCUACCUCUACUUGA